CAUCGCCUCCGUUGAGAUGCUUCCCAUUGCCUCUCCAAAACCCUCUGCUAUUGCUCGAAUAUGCGUUCCACCGCCUCCUUCUAUGAUGCAACUCACCACCACCAUCAAUUUAUACGCCACCGCUGACGACCAUCGCCACCCUAUACGCCAUCGGCCACCACGACCACCAUCUUCUCCACCUCACGGAACCCCUGUUCCAUCUUUUCCAUUCAUCACAAGUCCGCUCAUCACAGAUAUGUGGCCCCAUCCAUGUAAUUUCCUUCCAGCGCCGACUAUGGUGUUCAUGUUGAUCGACGGUGGUGGUGGGUCAGAGUGGCCAUGUCGAUGCCGGAAUUGGAAACAGACUCCUGAGGAGAAGAAGACAAAGAUUUUACUCACCAUAGUGAUUCGUUUUCUGCUUUCGAUCCUCUACCUGCUCCCUUACCACCGAUUUGGGUUUAUUAUGAGGUUGAAGACAAAGAAUUUACUCACCAUCGUUGCACCCCUUCCCCCAUCUUCUCUGCUCAACGCCGUUGCACCCCUGCUCUAUCCAAAUCAUUAUCACUGA